AUGCCAAGGCACUUUGGAGCAGUCGAGGCUUUGGAGCGCAACUCCACCAGUGUUGGCGACAGGCGCUGCGUACUUCGUGCUCCGUACGGGGAUACGGCGGACUGUACAAUCCACGUAGGCGCUGGCAGCAGCAGCUGCACUUUACGAAAGCGCGCGACUGGCUUGCCGUUGAUGUAUGUCACCCGAUUCCCUGAUUGUCGCAUGAGAUUUGCGAAGCGCGAGAUCCUUCAGACGCCAGAGGAAUUCUCCCUCUUCCCUACUCGUGUCGACAAGUCCUUCCCAAUAUGCGAGGUAUCGGAAUAUUUGCAUGAAUGGAUCAUGGUGGCCACUGGUCAUCAGAAUCCCGACGAGCACCUUAUCUGA